AUUCGAAAAUUAAACCAGAAAAUCGGGAAGCAAUUGUAGAAAACGCACGGCCACGACCACAAGAACAAAAUGCAAAUGAGUGAACGGUGGGGCUAGGGUAUUUCCUAACCAACACACACACGCACGUAUGGCGGAGCUGGAGAAGCUUAAGUCGGGCGACCCGUGUCGGGAGUGCCUGGCCCUGGGCCUGGACCACAAGCUGCGCUUCUUUCACAUCAGCCUUGAGGAGCAACUGCUGAAGUGCGAGUCCCGCAGCUGCCUUUGGCCGCACAACGAUGAGGUUUCCUCCUCUGACGAGGAAUUCGACUUUGGCGAAGGAAUUCCCAUCCAAGCGUCACAAAAUGAAAACUCUGCUGCCCCAGACGAGGGCGAUGAGUUCAUCCUACAGCUGCUGCAGGAUCUGGGGUCAGGAGCAGAAGCAGCAGCUGUAGAGACGCAGCCGGAAUCAGACUUGAAUCUCAUCUCCAUGCCGGAUCUGCUUUCUGGUCCGUCGACUGAACCAGAGGCCUGUGCAGAGCUAGACUUUAGCUGGUUGGAGCCGAACAUUCCCGAUAAGACUGAUAAUUGCUUGAUAGCCAAAGCAGAAAUUCCGCAGCUGCCUGAAACGCUGCAGACUGCGCCCAUGCUGAGUCCCAAAAUAGAUACCUUCGACGCGCCGCCUUUAUUAACUCCCAGAGCCAACCCAAGGAGCGAUCCCUUCAAAACUGCGCCCCGAAAAGCAUCCACUCUGCCGCGGACUGAAGCAUCCACUCUGCCCCGAAAAGAGAAAACCGUUAGUCCAGUGCCCUUGAAGGCGGCCUCAACACAACCGGCAAUUAUUGCCGAAAAGAAAAAAAUUCCCACCAAGGAAAAUGAGUUCCUGGAUGCCAUAAAGCGACUUGAUGCAGCGCCAGUCCGCAGCACAAAGACAACACGCAGACGCCCAAUUGUCAGAACUGGAGCGGGCACGGCUUUGCGGACGCAGGCGGUGAUGCAGCUGCUCAAGCACCGGCAGGAGCAGGCGAUGGAUGGAGAUUCGGAAGCGAAGCAACGACCACAGACAUAACAAUUUGACAUUCUUUUUGUUUGAAUAAAUUUGCGAACGGAAUUAUGCAUAUGAGAAUACGAAACGAAAUCAAGUUCGUUUAUUUAUAAAAAAAUUCGCUUUGUCUUUAUUUUGUGUGGCGUUUCGAAGAUUAUGGAUGUGUGCGGCACGCGUCUAGCACAUGUUCGAGCGUGCCAGAACGAGAGCAACGAUGCCAAAGAGAUGUGAACUUUGGCGGCAACGAGAACAGGGCUAAGUGCGUCACUGAGAUCGGCUCUGAAUUGGAAACUGAAUCGGAGGCUUAUCCGUGGAAUGCUUGACGUCACUGGACGGCCAAAGAUUGCAGCACGGCAUCGUUAGGUCUUGCAACAUCCGCACUUCAAUCAACAGGUGUACGGGUAUUGGUGACAAUGAGAGGGUGGCCCAAUCUAAUCAGCUAUUGCAUCGACCCCAGGCCACUCUCGUUUAAUCAGUUCAAUGAACGUGUGGGGCUGUGUGUGGGGUAAUGUGUGGGGACACUUGAACCGGUUGACAACCGCCCGGUCGCAGUUUCUUUUUGUGCUGCGUAGUUGCACAGACAGACACUGGGUAGGGCACUGUGCCAAUUAAGUAUAUAGGGGCA